AUGGUAGAGGUGGCUGCACAAGCAGUGAUCAAGGAGGAGAGACCCACUGCUCCUAUGCGUACGGAGACGUUCCGGCAGACGCGCCCCGACAUCGCAGGUCCAGAUGCUCCAGAACUGCCCUUCCCUAUCGUCCUCUCCGGUACAGUGCAGUAUGGCUUCGGGCGGGGAGGCAAAGAUCUGGGCUGUCCUACCGCGAACCUACCUGACGAGUCUAUCACACCCAUGAGCUCCGUGACCCAGACCGGAGUUUAUUAUGGCUACGCCCAGAUUUCCCCAGAGAAGAACGGACAGUUCGUCCUCUCUGAGAAGGAUCGCGGCGUAAUGCCUAUGGUCAUGAGUCUAGGAUGGAAUCCAUUCUACAAGAACGAGCGGUUGACGGCGGAAAUUCACCUCAUGCAUGACUUCGACUCCGACUUCUAUGGCCACGAGAUGAAGGCCCUGGUACUGGGAUACAUCCGCCCUGAGCUGGACUACACGUCCCGAGAGGGUCUCGUCGAGGAUAUCGAGACGGACAAGCGAGUAGCUCUGAAGUCAUUGGCGAGGCUCGCAUACGAGAAGUUCAAGUCAGAUCCUAUUUUCGAUACCACGCAGCCCAAGCUAUGA